AUGCGGGCCCGGCCCUCAGCGCCGCCCGAACUUCCGGCGAGCAAAGUUUGCCGAGACGCCGCUUCAAAUUCUGGACACGGCGGACAAUGGACGAGGCGCAGAUUGGAGGUACAGUGCAGAGACUCCAUUGUCCGGGGCAGGAGGCACCGAGAUAGCAUUUCACCCGGCUUAUCACGAUCGCGCGGACACCCACCCAACGAGAUACGGUUAAUUGUGGCAGCGAUGGUCACGCUUUCACGUCCGCCGUCCCGUCGCUACCAAAGCGUUGAAUUCGCACCCGUCUCAGCGCCCGCGGUAUAUCUGACG